CUGCCGGUUUGUAUACUACUGGAAAACAGAAAAAUGGGCGAAAAAGCUGGAUUUAUGUUUAUAAGCUUUCUACAACUUAUUCUAUACUGUGAAAGCACCGAUGUAGUCUUAUCAACUGACCGUACCUUUGUGACGGAAAAUUACACGAUAACAUUCACAUGUUCGACAAUGAAUAAUGACAGUGUUAUAAACAUCGAUUUAAUUCAAAACGAGGCAAUCAUUUCGAAGAUGGGCUACCAAGACAGUGCAUGCAAGAUCAUAGUUUUUAGCAAUACCAUGACCAACUGCUCCUGUGUGAACCUCAACACGUACACGUGCACCACAGACCCUAUGACAAGGUUAAACAACACUGAUUUGUGGACAUGCAAUGCUACUGUGGAAGGUUUGGUGUUCCAAAGCAAUGUCGUAUCUAUCGAUGUUAGAGUUCCAAUCGUAUCGGUAAUCAUCAGUCCAGACUCGGACAAGUACAUGACAUUAAACGAAGAGGACGAACUGUUGCUCACGUGUGAGGCAUCUUAUGGAAUGCCUGCUGCAAACAUAACGUGGUUCAUGAAUAAUAAAACAACGGAUUUCAACGGAAGUUUCAAUAUUUCAAAUUUGUCAAUAAUAAACGUUACGGAAAAUGAGGAUGGAACAAAAAACACACAAAGUACUCUGACAUACAGUGUUGGGAGAAAAGAUCACGGCAUGGAGGUGUAUUGCAAUGCAAGUAAUGAAGAUGACCGCGUAAUAUCCAGCAAAACGAUUCGUUUAAAUGUCAAUUACUUAGCCGAAAAACAGGUCUAUAUAAAUGGAAACAAAAGUUAUGACACUUUCUACAUGAUUCGGAAUUCUGGCACAAAACAAACGCUACAAUGCGAAGUUCAUGGAGGCAAUCCCCUCGCAAACCUGUCGUGGUCCUGUUACAAUGGCACCCAGACUUACAUGAAUACUCCAUCCAGUGCAAUCAGCAAUGUGUCUUGGUUUGCUGGUGAAUGGAAUGAAUCGACGUGUACCUGCAACGCCUCUCACGCCCUUGGAUGGAAUCAGUCGCAAACAGUGUCCGUUCACGUCCUAUUUAAACCAGAGCGUAUAGAGUGUGAGGUCGGCAAUGCAGAAUUAAUCCGAGGUAUUUUGAACGUUACAUUAUACUCAAACAUUACAAUUCAAUGCUCAAGCGACGGAAACCCUAAACCAACCAAUUUCACCUGGAUAUGGCCAACAGGAAAUACAUCCACGGGAAAAGAUAUAUCCUUUGUAAAUAUUCACCGUGGGAAUCACGGAAGCUAUACAUUGAUGGUUGAAAAUGUCAUGACUCCGAGCAUAGGACCGCAAAUCAGGGGAAAUUCUAAUGCAACUUUAGAUAUCAAUGUUCAAUAUCCGCCAGAUAUUCCUGUUAUUUUAGUCAACUCAACGUGCAUGAAAAACUCUAUGUUAGACCACAACUUCCUUCAAGUAUUAGAACUGGAUCGGGUGAGUGUGGAGUGCUUUGCGGCUGGAAAUCCGGACCCAACUUGCCAAUGGAUCAAUCAUUCACAAUCGAGUACACUCAAUUUCCCGAAGGCCUCUAAAACAGAUAUAGGAACCUAUGCUUGUCAAGCUUCCAAUACAAUGAACACAUCAUACGGAAUAACAGUGGUUGGACGAAAUGAUUCAUCGUUUUAUCUUGAUAUAUUGUAUCCACCAAAAAUAACUAACCUCAACACAAUGGUUGAGGUCAUUGAAGGUGUUAACUUUAGUUUAAUUUGUAACACGGAACCGGGAAAGCCAAAUGCUACAUCAUAUUCCUGGACAAGCACUCAUCAACCUGAAAGAAAUACAUCUGAUCAGAACCUUAAAAUUCAUAACAUUUCUCGAACGGACGAAGGAGUAUUUACAUGUUUGGCUAAAAAUAAAAUGUACCCAACUGGAUGUCAAGAAGUAAAAGGAAGCGAUAUGGAACACGUAUAUGUGGAUGUCCAGUAUAUGGCUUUGAUUACAACGUUUACUGUUCAGAAUUCUACUGUGUAUCAUGGGGAUCAAUUUAUACUUACUUGUGAAGUGGAUAGUGAUCCACCUGCUGAUAUCAGCAUUGUAUCACCCGUUGGAACCACCCUAAACUAUACCUGUGAAAAUAAUCAAUUACACUAUAUCAAGAACAGCUCGUGCUUAGAAGACAUCGGUCAGUUUUCGUGUGUGUCUGAAAACAAGCACAAUCGUAACCAACCCGACAGGAGAAACGUCACAGUUGAUGUCAGAUGUGCACCAAUGUAUAAGCAUAAUGAACGGCCAACUACAGUCGUGUCUACCACUCCCGGGGGGAAGGCAGUUUUAUACUUUUCAGUAUUUUCGAACCCUUUCCCAAGCUCUAUUAUAUGGAAAAAUCUUACAUAUCAUAUGGUACUCUCAACUGAUCAUGACGGAUUGGACAGAGUCACGAUUAAUACAACGGAAGACAACUCAACAUCUGUAGUCACAAUAACCAACGUUGGAUUGUGGGACUUGAGUGAUUACUCAGUAACUGCGGAAAAUGAUUUCGGGAUUUUAAAAGAAACGUUCCGAAUAAUACUUAAUGAUAGCGCUGGAUCUGACGGUGGGACAUCAACCUCGACCAUUUUUGACAAUGCAACUGGACCAGUGAUAGGAGGCAUAGUCGCCGCUGUGUGCUCCGUGGUGAUAAUAGCAGUUUUAAUUGUUAAAUGUGUUAAUAGAAAACGGCAAAGUGGCUUAGAAUGUGACAGACGGAGGGAAGAAUGUGUUUCAAAAGAUGAUACACAGUACGUCGAUAUUUCAAUGGUUCACAGAAGAACAGUUAGCGAAUACAAACAUCUUGACUUUCAGAGAAGAACUGCAGAAAGCAGGUUGCAAACACCAUUAAAGGACAGCGUUAUAUAUGAAAAUUUGAAAUUGCCAUCAACACAAAGCAAUGCAUUAACAUGAACUUAAAGUUUCGAAGGUGUUGUAAAUAUAUACCAUUUCCUUUUGUGACGUGUAUACAUGGACUUUGUUACAAUGUUUGAUCUUUAGCAUGUAUUUUGCAAUUUAAACAUUUAUCGAAAUUUGAAAACUGAGAUAUUCUUAAUUUAAAAGCAAAACCUGACUGUCAAACUUCCUACUAUAAUACUCCUAAUGUUUUAAAAUAUUUUGACUUAUCAUUUUAAAUUUACAAUGUACUGUACAAAAGGCUUAAUGAAAGAGGGUACCUCACAAAGUUAUGUUACAAAUUGCGUUCUAUACUCUAUAUUCUGUUUAAACCACUCAAACAUAAUUUUUAUCAUACUUUAUUUAAUAAAUUCUUCAUCUUCAAAGAACAGAUCCUUUCGUAGAACUUUGUUUGUACAUGUAGUUGUAAUGAAAACAAUAUUCGAUUUGGAAGAAGGAUAUGUAACCGGCUCUAGAUAAACAAAAUAGACACCUUGCUGCUUAAGUGUUCUUUAGUUAAUAGGUCUGUUACAUUCUUACUGUACACAGUUGUGAUUGAUGAAUAUCAAAACUUAGAAACACAGAGUAUUAAUGAAGACAUAUUUCGUACAAAUUUACGUUAAAUGACAUUAAAUAAUGAUAUUAUAAAUCACAUAUAUAUUCAACAUAUUUAAUCACUGAAUGACAUCUCAGAAAUGUUACUUUUUAUCCUUGCAUAAAGCGGUCUUCAAUGCCCUUCGAGCAGGUCACAUAUAUUUCUGAUACACCUGGAAAUAUAUCAACUUUACUUAUCAUAAUGUAGUUUUACUAAUGAAGUUAGAUGGUCAGUAGUUAAAUCAAAAUCAAGUCAAAUUUGCACAUUCAAUUCAAUAAAACACUUCAAGAAGAUUUGACUGACAUACAAAAAGGACCUUCAUUUAUUACGUUAAUUUGUAAAUUGGUAAAUACUUUAAGACAGCUGAUAUAUCAAUUUUAAACAAUGACGACCAUUAUGGUCAGCCAAAACAACAUGUAGCCGUUCUUGACAUUCUCUCAUGAUAUUGCGAUUUUUGGACUAGGGCACUUGUGGCCUAGUUCAUAGCCGUAACCGCGAUGUCUGCAUUUUCAAGCCGCAUCUGGGGGUUCACUGACGUAAUGUAUUCAUACGCUGGAUUUUGAUUGGAUUGCCGUUAGCGAAUUUGAAUAAUCAAAGUAGUACCAGAACUGAUUACAAUGAAAAUAUCCAAUAACAAUAGUUCUCCUAACAAGACAAGCUAAUUGUAUGUUCUUUUAAUGAAGCACAAGAAAUGGGUACGUAGCGAGUAAGUUAAUCGGGUUAACUACAUGAAUGUUCUUGCAUACGGUCAGAUUAAAUGCAAUAAGAAUAUGAACAUAUUGGAAAAGUACGCAUCGACAUUUUCCGUUCAAAGCUCUUUAUUGAUAGACUGCUAGCCGCUUUCUCUUUUAUCCGAAAAGCGACCAGUAUCAGCUAACCACGGUGCCCGUCGCGCAUUCGAAAUGUCUUGUGGGUCCGUAAACUGAAUCAAGCGUGCGGUCUAAGUAGUAAACAACCAGGAUAUUUGUUGUUGUUGUUUUUUAAAAGUAUUGUUAUCCUUUGUAUAAAAUGUUGGUAUUAAUUUAUUAACAGGGCUGUUCUUGUUUUCGACAUAAUUUGCAUGUUUCCGUGACAUUUUCUUUUUAAAUACAAAGUUUAUUAUUUAACUAAUCAUUGCAUGGCACUCAGCACUUUUUAAACACAGCAUGAUUUUUGGUAUUGAUUGUUUAAAUACUAUUAAUGUAAA